AUGGUGUUCUUGAACCUCGUCGAGAAUGUGUGGAGGCAGGCGCUGUAUCUAAAACUCUUAGCAUUCGUUGCUGCGUCGAUAGUAGCCCUUUUGGCCGCCUACUUCAUCAUUGUCCCAAAUGUCAUCAAGGAUCCACGACGUCGAAAUCUCCCACCUGGACCCAAAGGCCUUCCAUUCAUCGGUUCCCUUCUUGAAUUUGCUGACACCGAAGUCGUACGCGCCAAGGUCAUUGCCUGGCGCCAGCAAUAUGGCGAUGUAUUCUAUACCAAAAUAGGAGGCACAGAUUACAUCUGGCUGUCAUCCCCUAAAGCCGUCAAAGACCUCAUGGAUAGAAAAUCUGGCAUCUACUCCUCGCGCGCCCCCUCCCCUCUAGCCCAGGACGUUGCCUCAGCAGGUCGCCGCCAACUCUUCAUGCCAUACGGCCCACGCUGGCGCAGCAUCCGGAAACACAGCCACACGCUGCUGAAUCUGGCAACCAGCACCAAGUACGAAGGCAUCCAAGACUUUGAAAGCAAAGUGCUUCUCAAAGAGCUACUCCAGGAUCCGGACGACUUCAUCUCCAUCAACCGCCGGUACUCGGCCAGCGUCAUCAUGCAAGUGACAUAUGGGUACCGGAUCCCGAGCUUCGACGACGAGCUCAUCAAGCGCAUCUACGGGGUCCUCGGCCGCUUCACCGAAAUGACUGCACUCGGCGCGUGGGCCAUUGAGUCGUUUCCGUCGCUCACGUGGCUCCCGCAGAUGCUGCUGGGCAACUGGAAGACGCAUGGCCGCCGCAUCUUCGAGCAAGACAGCGCCGUCUACCUGAAUCUCUGGAACCGGCUGAAGCGCGAGACGGAUGCCGGCACCGCCAAACCCUGCUUCACACGCACCUUUUACCUCAACAACCCGGAGAAGGCGGGCAUCGAUGACCUCGCCGCCGCGUAUACAUACGGUGGUCUCAUCGAAGCCGGCUCCGAGACUACGGCGACAACGCUCAACAACUUUGUGCUGUGUAUGCUGCUGUUUCCAGAGGUGCAGGCGAGGGCCCAGCAGGAAAUCGAUGCUGUUGUGGGAUCUGGACGCCUCCCUACGUGGGGCGACGAGCAGAAUCUCCCCUAUGUGCGCAGUGUCAUCAAGGAGGUUCUUAGGUGGAGGCCAGUCAACAAAUUUGGCAUGCCGCAUGCCAGUACGGAAGAUGAUUGGUACGAGGGCUAUUUUAUCCCCAAGGGGAGUGUAGUCGUGUUGAACUGGUGGGCCAUCCACAACGACCCCAAACGCUGGUCCAACCCCUCCUCCUUCGACCCCUCACGCUACCUCAACCACACCGAAUCUGCCGCCCACUACAUGACGGUCACAGACCCCUACGAGCGCGACCACUUCUCGUACGGCGCCGGUCGCCGCGCCUGUCCCGGCGUCCACGUCGCCGAGCGCUCGCUCUUCAUCAACAUCUCCCGCGUCCUGUGGGGUUUUUCAAUCGCAAAGAAGAAGGAUAAGAAUGGCAUUGAGAUUCCUGUUUCUGAUAAGAUGGUACCGGGGUUCUUCAGCGUCCCGGAUACUUUUGAAUGCGAUAUCCAGCCUAGAAGCGAGAUGCAUGUAAAGGUGAUUCGGGGGGAAAGCGACAAGGCGGAGAAGUAUGGUGUGGACUUGUGGUAG